AUGGCUGGUCUGCUGCUUCUGGCCAUGAACUUCCACCUGAUGGGCCCUCUGGCUGUCAGAGCAUCCCAGACUAGUGUGUUGAAAACCAUAAUGGGAGCUUCAACUGUGAAUGCCUACCAGGGCAUGGAUGGAAUGCCAGCACCUGCUACCAUCAUAAACCCUGCCGUGACUCAAAUUUUUUCCACUCCUAUACCUGCAUCAUCUUCCACCAUCCCGACAUUGGAUACUGUCAGUUGCUACCACCUGAUGCUGGGCUUAUGGCCUAAAGCCAUGAGACCAAUGGGUGAAAAUGGACAGGAUAGGAGUCUCCACUGGCCUGUUCCCCCUCAUCUGUUCAAGGGGAGGAAACUUCAGGGCAUCCCUGGGAACCUGAGCCUACAUUCAGCACUGCCCAGUCCUGGCAGCACCCUGACCUUGACUGUCCUCCUUAGCCACGAGGCCACUCAUCUGGGAUGGUACCUGCAGCCAGUGGGGAGCCAGACCUCAGUGAAACUUCAACCUGGAACUCAGGUGUUCCUUGGUGACCAGAAGAGCCAGGCUGUCCUCACCAUUGCCAAUGUCUCUCGAGACUGGGCAGGCCAGUAUGUGUGUCGCUUUAUGUCCCGGGGUUUCCAGUGGUUGCUGCACCAGGUGGUGGAAGUGCCCCUGCAGGCUAAUGACGUGAUUCGACAUCCAAGUCAGCUUUCCAUCUCCUGCAAUGCCUUCUCUGGCUUUGAGUUGAGAUGCUGCAUCCCGAACACAAAUCGGACCUACACUGCCUCCUGGAGCCCAAGAAACCUGUCUAGUACCACAGCACUCUCAUCCAGGACCUCUGGGACACAGUGUCUUACUCUAGUUGUGCCAAGAUGUCCUGAGAAUGACACCAAGUACACUUGUAAGCUGCAGAGCCCUGGCCUGGACCCUGUGAGCAUCUCUAUCUCCGUCUCUAUAAUCCGGGAUGGAGACACUACUUGCCCCCAGGACUCUUUGGGUGGUGAUUGGAAUGUCACUAAAGCUGGACACAUAGCCCAGAUCCCAUGUCCUCUGAAUACGGUGGGAACGGUUGAAAGGCACUGUGGGACCAAAGGCACCUGGGGGCCCAUCAACAGCAGCUGUACUGAUGAAAGGCUAGUGACCAUGUUUCACACAGCCCAGCUGUUGUUGGCAGGGCAAGGUCAGCCAAGAAAAAAGGUGCCCAAACUCAUGACACAGCUGCGGAAGCAUGUAGCAGCUGUGAGUUCCCCCUCUGACCUAUUAGCCCUGUUGGGCACUGUGAACAUCCUGGCCCAGGUGGUGACCAGGGCCAGGACAGAACUUCCCCGGGAGACCUUGAAGGAUUUUCUGGUGGCCACAAAUGACCUCUUGGAGUUGGACCCCAAUUCUAUUUGGGCCCCAGCCCAGGCACAGGUGCCCUCGGUGAGUUCAGCAAUCCUGCAGGCUGUGGAGAGCCUAGGUCGAAGCCUCUGUUCCAACGACCACCCCUUCUCUCUCACCUUGUCCAAUGUUCAACUACAGACCCAGCUUCUUGGACCUAAGACCCCAGAGGACUACAGUAUCUCCUUCUCCACUCAUCCCCCUCUCAGGGUACAAAUACCCCACCAUGCACUGGCUCAGCUGGAUUGGGAGACUGGCAAUAUCAGUAUCACCAGUAUGGUACUGAGAAAAUUGGGCCACAUCCUACCCAGGAACUUUGGGCAAGAGUUAGAGGACUUACUCUAUGAGACUCCUGACUUAGUUCUUUCCAACUCCAUCAAAGAUGGCAAUCAGACUGUAACAAAAGGGGAGAUCAUCAUGGAUUUUGGGGGCACAAGGGGUACUCCCACUUGUGUCUUCUGGAACCACAACCUCUUCCAGGGUGCAGGUGCCUGGUCGAAGGAGGGCUGUGAGGCUAGAGUGAUUGACACCAGCAGCACCACUCGCUGUGUCUGCUUGCACUUGACCUCUUUUUCCAUCCUUAUGUCCCUCCACUCUGUCCCAGACAACCCAGCUUUGACACUGAUGACCCAGGUGGGUUUAGGGGCCUCUAUAUUGGCUCUGCUAUUAUGCCUGGGAGUAUACAGAGUUGUUUGGAGCGCUGUUAUCCGGAAUAAGAUAUCUUAUUUUCGACAUGUGGCCUUACUCAAUGUGGUACUCUGCCUGCUCACUGCUGACACCUUCUUUCUUGGGGAAUCACUGUUGUCCCUCAGCCCCCACAGCCCACUUUGCCUAGCUGUCACCUUCCUUUGCCAUUUUUUCUACUUAGCCACUUUCUUCUGGAUGCUAGCCCAAGCCCUGAUACUAGCUCAUCAGCUCCUUUUCAUCUUUCACCACCUGUCUAAACACCGUGUGCUGCCCAUCAUGUUCAUCCUGGGCUAUUUGUGCCCACUGGGAUUUGCAGGUGCAACACUGGGUCUGUACCUCCCUCAGGGACAAUAUUUGCAGAAGGACCAAUGCUGGUUGGAUGGGAAGGGUGGAGCACGCUAUACUUUUGUGGGACCAGUGAUAAUCAUCGUAGGGGUGAAUGGGCUGGUCUUAGCCAUGGCUGUGGUGAAACUACUGAGGCCCUCACUGUCUGAGGGGCCCCAGACUGAGAAGCGGCAGGCCCUUUUAGGUGUGAUCAAGGCACUGCUCAUCCUUAUGCCCAUCUUCGGUCUGACUUGGAUGCUGGGCUUGGCUACUUUGAUGGAUGGAGGCAAUGAGGUCCCUCACUACCUGUUCACAGUUCUUAAUACUUCCCAGGGGAUCUUCAUCCUACUCUUUGGCUGUCUUAUGGAUAAGAAGGUACGAGAAGCAUUACACAAACGCCUCUGCUGUAUCCUUCCUGCUGCCUCUACCAUCUCCCUGUUUUGGAGAGAUCCCCUGCUGGAAUGGGCACCCGGGAGCCGAUUUACUCUCUUUCUGCCAUUCCAAAGAGAUGAAAUCAGCAACUUCAACCUUGGCUUUAAUCUCUUUAAAAAUUGAAGCUUUACAAGAUGUUUGAUGUAUUAAAUAUGUACAAACUGAACAGGAGCCAAUUCAAGACAUUUUAUAAACAGUGUAUAAUUCUGUAGUGGAUGUGGAGACUAUUUUAGAGUAUUAAAUAUGAAAUUAUGAAAAAGUGAAAAGGACAAAAGAAAGUUGGAUUUUUUUUUAUUUUUUUAACUCUUACCAUACAUCUUAGAAUUGAUAUUGUAAAUUGGUUCUAAGGCAGAAGAUCAAUAAGGGUAGGCAAUGGGGGUUAAGUGAUUUGUCCAGAGUCAUAUAGCUAGGAAGUGUCUGAGGCCAAAUUUGAAUCCGGGACCUUCCAUCUCUGGGCCUGACUCUGAAUCCACUGAGACACCCAGUUACCCCCCCAAAGUCAGAUCUUUAAAAACUAAGUUUAUUGAUGGAUUUUGUUUUUUUACAAACUGACCCACAUCCUCCACACAUAGUUUGGAACUCAGUUUUGAGGAGGCAGCAGGCAGAUUAGUAGGUUUAUAUUGUGUAUGACUGGGUAUAUAUAGUCCCUUUCUUCUUCUCCAAAUUACAUGUAAC